AAGUUCCGCCGUAGUCAGUUUUCUGGGCACAGUGUAAAUUAUAGAAUUCGCAUGGUUUUGUGUACAAUUAAUAGUUAAAGACGUUCAAAACACAAUUAACGUCUUGUACGUUAAUUCUCAGACACACAACAUGGAAGACAAGGCGUCGCUAAAGGAACUGGAUCAAUGGAUAGAACAACUAAAUGAAUGCAAGCAAUUGACAGAAAAUCAAGUCAAAACGUUAUGCGACAAGGCCAAGGAGAUCCUGACGAAGGAGUCGAACGUCCAGGAGGUGAAAUGCCCGGUGACCGUCUGCGGCGACGUGCACGGCCAGUUCCACGACCUCAUGGAGCUGUUCCGCAUCGGCGGCCGCUCGCCCGACACCAACUACCUGUUCAUGGGGGAUUAUGUCGACCGCGGCUACUACAGCGUCGAGACCGUCACACUGCUCGUUGCGCUUAAGGUGCGCUACCGAGAGAGAAUAACGAUCCUGCGCGGCAACCACGAGUCCCGCCAGAUCACCCAAGUAUACGGGUUCUACGACGAGUGCCUGCGCAAGUACGGCAACUCCAACGUGUGGAAGCACUUCACGGACCUGUUCGACUUCCUGCCGCUGACCGCGCUGGUCGACGGACAGAUCUUCUGUCUGCACGGAGGCCUGAGUCCUUCGAUCGACACGCUGGACCACAUCCGCGCGCUGGACCGCCUGCAGGAGGUGCCGCACGAGGGGCCCAUGUGCGACCUGCUGUGGAGCGACCCUGAUGAUAGAGGCGGCUGGGGUAUAUCCCCGCGAGGCGCCGGCUACACGUUCGGCCAAGACAUCUCGGAGUCGUUCAACCACAGCAACGGGCUCACGCUGGUGUCGCGCGCGCACCAGCUCGUGAUGGAGGGCUACAACUGGUGCCACGACAGAAAUGUGGUUACGAUCUUCUCGGCACCUAACUACUGCUAUAGGUGCGGUAACCAAGCCGCCAUUAUGGAAUUGGAUGAUGCGCUUAAGUACUCAUUCCUCCAGUUCGACCCGGCCCCGCGGCGCGGCGAGCCGCACGUCACGCGGCGGACGCCGGAUUACUUCAUGUAGGCUGCACAUAAGGCGCACAGAAGGCAGGAGUGGGGCGGGGCCGCAGCGUCCGCGCCGCCCCCUCACAUCGAGGUCAAAAUCACCAUCACCUUCCCUACCGUGCGACUGUUGUACCCCCAAGAACCUUUCCACCCCCCGAGGUGAAGCCUGAAGGAAAUAGAAACGUGUUGUAAUAGCAGUAGAGCAGAGCGCCGGCCCGCUUGUUGUCAGCUUCUUGAAUGAAUGAAUGGCAUUCGACUGAGGACUAGUCAACAAAUGUGUUCUUAUUGGAAAUGAUUUUUGUAAUAAAUUAAUUUCGCCGCAAUGUUCAAUUGAUUGUGUAGGCCGGGCGCUCUGCUCCACUGGGACGGUUGUAGUUCGCUUCAAAUUUUUAUAUGUGUUUUGUUUACGUGUCGGCUUCACCUUCGUCGCGUUUAGUUUCAUCAUUUCCUUGUCGAGUCUGUGCCACCGCAUGGCAUGCGCUCAGUAAAGAGCCACAGACUUGUCUAUGGUUCUCUACUGAGAGUGAGUUCAGGCGUCGUACACAUUGGGUGUGCAUUUAUACAGUAGCGAGACCCGCCCGGUAGGCCCCAGCCCGAUCACUGUACAUUUCACCCCCCAUUAUGUCGGUAUGUUCAUUGUAUCAGUGGUUAGCACGCAUAACGUUCAUAAUAAUUGUUUGUAUGCAACAUACGAUGUAUCAAAGACACUAAGACCUCAUUAAAACAGCGUACAUUUGCUAAU